CGGCUCUGAUUCGAGGGAAUCGUAAAAACUGUGCUCAAUUUUCUGGAUCUCUUGAUUGGUUGAUCAGCAGAUUAGAAAGAUUGGAAGCCUCCUCUGGAAUUCUAGAGGUUUUACACUGUGUGUUGGUGGAGAGCCCAGAAGCUCUGAACAUUAUUAAGGAAGGACAUAUUAAGUCAAUCAUCUGUCUUUUGGACAAACAUGGAAGAAACCAUAAGGUUUUGGAUGUUUUGUGUUCUCUCUGUGUUUGUCAUGGAGUAGCUGUGCGGUCUAAUCAACAUCUAAUCUGUGAUAAUCUCCUGCCAGGAAGAGAUCUGCUCUUACAGACGCGCCUUGUCAACCAUGUGAGCAGCAUGCGACCCAACAUCUUCUUGGGGAUUAGUGAAGGCUCUGCCCAAUACAGAAAAUGGUACUAUGAACUUAUGGUGGACCAUCUAGAGCCCUUUGUGACUGCAGAAUCUACUCAUCUACGAGUGGGCUGGGCUUCAACAGAGGGCUACUCACCGUAUCCAGGGGGAGGAGCAGAAUGGGGAGGAAAUGGUGUUGGUGAUGACUUGUAUUCCUAUGGCUUUGAUGGUCUGCAUCUGUGGUCAGGUUGUAUAGCACGAACAGUAAAUUCUCCCAACCAACAUCUGUUAAGAACUGAUGAUGUUAUUAGCUGCUGUUUGGACCUCAGUGCUCCCAGCAUCUCUUUCCGGAUAAAUGGUCAGCCCGUUCAAGGAAUGUUUGAGAAUUUCAACAUAGAUGGCCUCUUCUUCCCGGUUGUCAGCUUCUCUGCAGGAAUAAAGGUACGUUUCUUGCUUGGAGGUCGCCAUGGAGAGUUCAAGUUCCUUCCUCCACCUGGAUAUGCCCCUUGCUUCGAAGCUGUGCUACCGAAAGAGAAGCUGAAAGUGGAGCAUAGCCGAGAGUACAAGCAGGAUCGUAGCUAUACAAGAGACCUGCUGGGUCCCACUAUCUCUCUGUCACAAGCAGCUUUCACUCCAGUUCCUGUAGAUACUAGCCAGAUUGUUUUGCCUCCUCACCUGGAAAGGAUUAGAGAAAAAUUAGCAGAGAACAUCCAUGAACUUUGGGUUAUGAAUAAGAUUGAACUUGGCUGGCAAUAUGGACCAGUUAGAGAUGACAACAAAAGACAACACCCAUGCUUAGUGGAGUUCUCAAAAUUACCGGAACAGGAAAGAAAUUAUAACUUGCAAAUGUCACUUGAGACACUGAAAACCCUGCUGGCGUUAGGCUGCCAUGUUGGAAUUGCUGAUGAACAUGCUGAAGAAAAAGUGAAAAAAAUGAAACUUCCAAAGAAAUACUUAAAGGCAACCCUUUUGAAAGUCCUAGACUGGCCAUCUAGUGACUUGAAGCAGAGAGAACUGAGGAGCCACCAGCAUGGCUGCAGGGCUCAGCUUAGGCCAGCAGUGGGUACCUUUUGGAGCCGGCUGGGUCCGGCUGUGCCUGGCACGGGACAGCGCCCGUCUCUCCUCACAGAGGCAGCGCUGGAGCUCCCCGACUGGCACCUGGGCAUGGACACCCACUACCAGUUGUUGAGUGGAUAUAAGCCUGCUCCCAUGGAUCUGAGUUUUAUCAAACUGACCCCCUCUCAAGAAGCUAUGGUGGAUAAACUAGCAGAGAAUGCUCACAAUGUGUGGGCAAGGGACCGUAUAAGGCAAGGCUGGACAUACGGUAUCCAGCAGGAUGUGAAAAAUCGACGAAAUCCUCGCCUUGUACCUUAUGCUCUUUUGGAUGAUCGGACGAAGAAGUCAAACAAAGACAGUCUUCGGGAAGCAGUCCGCACCCUUCUAGGCUAUGGUUACAACCUGGAAGCUCCUGAUCAAGAUCAUGCCAUGAGACUUGACCUGUGCAGUGGCAUAAUGGAAAAAUUCAGGAUCUUCCGCACGGAAAAGACUUACGCAGUAAAGGCUGGCAAGUGGUACUUUGAGUUUGAGGCAGUUACUGCGGGAGACAUGAGAGUUGGCUGGACCAGGCCGGGUUGUCUGCCAGAUCAGGAACUUGGCUCAGAUGAAGAAGCUUUUGUUUUUGAUGGCUUUAAGGCACAGCGGUGGCAUCAAGGUAAUGAGCAUUUUGGCCGCUCUUGGUUGGCAGGAGAUGUUGUUGGAUGUAUGGUUGACAUGAAUGAGCACACUAUGAUGUUCACCUUAAAUGGUGAAAUCCUGCUUGAUGACUCAGGUUCAGAACUUGCAUUCAAGGACUUUGAGGUUGGUGAUG